UUUGGUUAACUAUGGUCCCGUACACACUGCAUAUUAAUUCGGUUGUCACUUCACCUUUUAAUGCUUAAUCCUGUUCUGUACACACACAGUUCAGUAAUUUACGGGACUCACAACCGCAUUCUACAACCGAAUUAACUCCCGCAAAAUGCAGGUAGUGACUACCGCAUUUACAGAUAUUCCACGCUGUGUGUACACAACCGAACUCAACUACUGGUUGUUGACGAUGACGUCACGGGACUUCCGCCAAUAGCCGUGUAGGGCGCCUGCUAGAUUUUACCUCAGACAGAUUGCAGGAUGGCGGAGAGAGGUUUGUUGUGGAGCGACCAAGAAACAAAAUUGUUAAUUGCAAUAUGGGCAGACAAAAAUAUUCAAAGAAAAAUGGACAGUACCAAACGAAAUAAAAUGGUUUUUGAAGAAAUAGCAAAAAAAAUGUCAGAAAAUGGUGUUUCAAGAACUUCAAAACAGUGUAGAAUAAAACUGAAGGCGUUGAAGACUGAUUAUAAAAAAAUUAUAGACCACAAUAAUCGUUCUGGGCGGGAGAGGAGAACGUUUAAGUUUUUUGAAGAGAUGGAUCGGGUUUUGCGGGAUAACCCUAGCUGCCACCCAGCAUUUGUUUUCGAUUCAUCAUCAGAGAUUGACGUUACCGGCGAAGACGUUUCGUCGCCCGAGAGCGAUAUGGAAAAUCCUAACGAAGAGUCGACUGUGGAAGUGUGCUCGCCCGGAUGUUCAGUCUCUGCAGCGACCUCAGGAGGAGAAGAGAGUAGCUGCAGCGCCAGUAAUUCAGGUGCAUUACAAACAGGAGAGACUGUGGAUCAAGGAAGCCGUAACCCAACUGCUAGACAUGCUGGUCGAACCAAGAAAAGAAAAUUGGACCAAAUGCGGUCCUUGAUGGAUGAAUGGGGCCAAAGGUUCAUGAGUGCUUCCUCAAAAGAGUUCGAAGAAUUGAUGAGGAGGGAACAACUUAGAGAUGAAGAGGAAUGGCAGGAAAGGGAGUGCAGGAUGUAUCUUAUGAGGGCCCUAACGAACUCCCUGCAGGCACAAACACAACAUAGCUACCAUCACACAUCACAAAACAUGUAUUUGAAUGCACAACCACCACACAUCCACUCACACACAUCACGCCUUCAAUAUAUGCCAACCAACCAACAUCAACCAGCUUACUCUAGUUAUGAAGCCACUACUUCAGCUCCACAUAUCAACACACCAGACUCAUUUUAUUGCCAGUUAGAACAAGAGUAAAACUUUUAUAGUAGUAGAUCUCUAACCUGUUCAGGAAAUUACUCUAGGAAAAUGGCUUUCUAUUUCUCUUCUGGGUAAUUUAUUUCUUUUUCUAUUUUUCUUCUGGAUAAUUUAUUUCUUGUUCUAUUUUUCUUCUGGAUAGUUUAUGAAUAAUUGUUUAUAUUGAAUUGUUAUGUUAAGUCAAUACAUAAACAUAAUAUAAAAUGUACUGUAAGUGCCUAAUGCCUAAACAUUAAUAUUGUCAUCACAUGGAAAUCAAAUAAAGAUGUUAUGAAGCAG